AAUCUCACCGCCCAAGAAAACCCAAUUUAAUCUCUAUGUAAUGGGUUGCCGGCGACAUUAGCGAUGUUGUUUUGCUGUGUUCACCUUCUAUCUCUGCUUCUCUUGCUGGGGUUUUCUGCAAUUCGAGUUGAAGCUGAGAGUGAAACGACGGAAUUCGACUUCAGCACGUUAACGCUAAGCAGUCUGAAGCUACUGGGAGAUGCCCAUUUGAACAAUGGUACCGUUCGUCUCUCCCGUGAUCUAGGGGUUCCUUAUUCCGGCGCCGGCAAGGUCUUGUACAAUAAGCCCGUCAGAUUCCGGCAAUCGGGCACUGGUUCACCGGCUUCUUUCUCAACCUUCUUUUCAGUUUCUGUUAGCAAUCUCAACCCAUCUUCGAUCGGUGGGGGACUGACCUUCCUUCUCUCACCAGACGAUGGCACAAUUGGCGAUGCCGGUGGGUUUCUGGGCUUGGGGAAUGGAAAGGGUUCCCUGUCAGGCUACGUUGCUGUUGAAUUCGAUACAUUGAUGGAUGUGGAGUUCAAUGACAUUAAUGGCAACCACGUUGGUUUGGAUCUAAGUAGCAUGAUUUCUACUCAGGUUGGUGAUUUGGAUGCCGUUGGGAUCGAUCUUAAGAGUGGAGAUCUCGUGAAUGCUUGGCUUGACUAUGAUGGCUCCACUCGUUUGUUUAACAUCUCCGUCUCUUACUCUAAUCUCCGGCCGGCAGAUCCACUUUUGUCAUUCAAUCUCGACUUGGAUCGGUUCGUCAAAGAUUUCAUGUUCGUGGGUUUCUCUGCUUCGACUCAGGGGAGUACAGAGAUCCACACUGUCGAAUGGUGGAGCUUUUCUUCUUCAUUUACCGGUUCUUCUGCGCCUUCUCCUUCUGUCUCAUCUUACCCUCCACAGCCAACCCCUAUACCUUUUACCCCAAUGGCUAAUUCUUCCAAUCUCCCACCUCCAACUCCGGCUCCUUCUGGUUCAGUUUCAAACUCUUCGGAGCCAGUAAAGACCAGUAAGUCCUCUUCCUGUCAGCUCUGUAAGCAACGGCCCGGGGCGGUCGCAGGUGUGGUAACAGCCGGAGCUUUUUUUCUUGCCAUUUUUGCUGGUGUUCUCAUCUGGGUAUUCUCGAAGAGGGUCAAACCUCCCAGAAAAGCAGAGUCUUUAGCAUUGGAUAUUGUCCAAACUCCAAAAGAAUUCAGCUACAAAGAGCUGAAAUUGGCAACAAGGUUCUUCAAUUCAGACAGAAUUAUAGGUCAUGGCGCGUUUGGAACUGUGUUCAAAGGUAUCAUACCAGACACAGGAGCUAUGAUUGCAGUGAAAAGAUGUAGUCACAGUGGAGGUCAAGGAAAGGCAGAGUUCUUAUCGGAGCUUUCAAUAAUUGGGAGUCUCAGGCAUCGGAACCUUGUACAACUCCAAGGCUGGUGCCAUGAAAAGGGUGAAAUUCUUCUGGUUUAUGAUUUCAUGCCCAAUGGAAGCCUCGAUAAGGCUUUGUUCGAAUCCAAUUACACUCUCCCAUGGCACCAUAGGCGAAAGAUUUUAAUGGGUGUGGCCUCUGCUAUUGCUUACCUACAUCAGGAAUGCGAGAACCAGGUGAUUCACAGAGAUGUCAAGACCAGCAAUAUAAUGCUUGAUGAAGCCUUCAAUGGCCGAUUAGGGGACUUUGGUUUGGCAAGGCAGGUGGAGCAUGACAAGUCACCUGAUGCCACAGUAACAGCAGGCACAAUGGGUUACUUGGCCCCUGAGUACCUUCUCACAGGUAGAGCAACAGAGAAGACUGAUGUGUUCAGCUUUGGAGCUGUAGUACUUGAAGUGGCCAGUGGAAGAAGACCCAUUGAGAAAGAAACAACUGGGGUAGGUAAGGUUGGGAUGAGCAGUAAUUUGGUGGAAUGGGUUUGGAGUUUGCACAGAGAAGGGAGGCUUCUGGGUGCAACUGAUGCCAGACUUGGUUGUGAAUUUGAUGAGGGAGAGAUGACAAGAGUGCUCUUGGUGGGGUUGAUAUGCUCUCACCCUGACCCAUUAGCUAGACCUACAAUGAGAGCUGUGGUUCAGAUGCUAGUGGGUGAAGCUCAAGUGCCUAUGGUUCCAAGAACAAGGCCCACUAUGAGUUUCAACACUUCUAAUCUGUUGCUGAGCUUGCAGGAUAGUGUUUCUGAUAUUAAUGGAAUGCUGAUAACCCUCUCCACCUCCUCUUCCUCCACAGAUCACAGCUUCAUUGGUGGAGAACUAGUCUGAUUGCCAUCAACUUUGGUUUUUUUGUUUUUUAACUGCCAUAAUAUUUAUAAAAAUAUAACAAUUAUUUGUUUUUGUAUUUAUGACACAAUAACAUGCAGAGCUUGUUGAAGUAUGUAAGAAUAUAGUAUUUAUCAGAUAGAAGAAGUGAGCUAUUAUGAUUUGAGAGAUUAAUUUGAAAGUGUUGAUGAACAAUUCUUUCUUA